AAUGCACCCGAAAGCUGUUUACCACCUACCGAUGAAAGCAAAAGAAGAAGAAUGUUGUUCACUUGUUAAAUUACAGAAAAUAUGGCGGACAGGCUAACACAACUACAAGACGCUGUCAAUUCGCUUGCAGAUCAGUUUUGUAAUGCCAUCGGCGUCCUGCAACAGUGUGCGCCUCCUGCCUCCUUCAGUAACAUCCAGACGGCCAUCAACAAAGAUCAGCCAGCAAACCCAACAGAAGAAUAUGCCCAGCUAUUUGCCGCCCUGAUCGCCAGAACAGCCAAAGAUGUGGACGUUUUAAUCGACUCUCUGCCCAGCGAGGAGUCCACGGCAGCUCUGCAGGCGGCCAGUCUACGUCAGCUGGAGGAGGAGAACCACGAGGCCGCGGCUCGGCUGGAGGAGGUGGUUUAUCGAGGCGAUAUGCUCCUGGAGAAGAUCCAGAGCGCUCUAGCUGACAUUGCCCAGUCGCAGCUCCGCACUCGCAACGGAGCACCGAGCCAGCCUUCGCCUGCCGAAUCCUGACCCGCAACGUACAUGAUGCAGUUCUGGACAGUUUUCAGUCAUUUUCACUCUUCAUUUUUACCCUCCAACAUCAGCUGCACGCCUCAAAAAGCUCAAAAGAAGUGCUAAAUGUGUUUGUAAAGGAAAUCUGAGAUGCCAACAGUCAGUGAAACAUCACUUUGUUGCUGAAUUGCAGUGCUACUAGAAAAUACUAGAGGCUAGCUGAAAAAGAGUGCAAGAAAACAUCUUACCUCUGACAUCUUUUGAUAGAGGAAGUUUUAAAAAAAAUACUACCACAGAGGUUUUCUGUGUUCCAAAAGACUGGACUGAACGUGUGAACAUCACCCUGUUUUUGUUUUAUGUACAUGAUGUAUAUUGAUUAAGCCUGUUUUUGAUAUUUAUGAAAGAAAUGAUUGAGAAUGUGGUUUUGGAGCAUCUUUGCUCAAAAACCUCACAACUCUCUUCAGAUCAGCAAACAAAUCCCCUCAGCUCAGUGUGACUCCAAAUCUGAUGAGUCUUGUUCUUUUUUUUUUUUCUUUUUUUUUUUAAUAAAGCUUGAACAAACUAUUGGGGGGUACACUUCUUCAGACUUUUUGUUGCUUUACAUCAACAAAAUUUUUCUUUGGCUGAAUUCUUUGUACGUUCUUCUAAUUGUUUCCCAUAAGCUUUGUCUCGGAAAACAAGUAGAAGAAGCAUUUUUAUCUCCUGAACAUAGAGGAUGUUUAUUAUUGCAGUUAGUGUUGACAAGCAAAAAAUUCACAUCCAAACUGUGUGGAACUUAUUUAUAUUCUAGUCUGCGUCAGUCCUUACUCAUAGCCAGCUGUGCUGCACAGUGUGUUUGUUAUCAUACUCCACAUAUUUCAUCAGAAUCACAGAAAUGAUAAAUCAUGACGUACAGGAAUAAAUGGACUCUACUACAAAAUGACUGAAUGACUGAUGCACUCUGCUUUUGCUAAAAUGAUCUCAUUCAAUAUGACCACACUUCUGCUUUUUAGAGAUGGUGGAUCAUGUGACCUUUAAAAUGGCAUUUCAUUCUCAUUUGUUAAUUGGUAAUCAGUGAUUGGUGGUCUGCUGUUUUUUGUCAUUCCAGACGUGUAAACACCUGAAAUAGAAGAGGCAAUGCUAGUGCUGCUUGUUUAGAACCUCCUCCAAAUGUCCAAAAUGUUUUUAGGAACUAGUGUGUGGUUUGAGUAUACAUCAUGACAUUGGAGAGGAUUUCAUAAGUAAAAUGAAAAUAGCAUGUGAGGAAAAAUGACAGUAUGCUGAGGGGUAAAAUAGGGAAGAGAGCUGUAGAUGACAUCAGGAUGUACUUUUUGCUUUUUCUGUGAAGCUUUGCCACUUAAAUUGUGUAAAAUAUCAAAAUCUAUGUAUUUAUAUGGCAUUAAAAGCUCUCAUAACCUUUUUUAUGACAUCUCUACGGAUAAGAGAAAGACCUUUUCAUAUGUAUCUGUUUUCUAAAGCCUCAAUGUCCUGAGAAGCCUCUGGGGUCAUAAGAUGUUUCACAAAAUAGGAAAAUAAGUAACAAUGCCUCAUCAAUAAAGUGUUUAUUUUAAGUAAUUUAUUUUAAAUCUGAUAAAAUACCCCCCCUGCCU